AUGGAGAUUGCGUCACUGAAUGAAACUGCUCUGAACAGCACCAUGGACAGCGCCACUAUGGACAGAGCCAACCGCACCUAUAUGCCUUAUUACCUGCACUCCACUGGCAUGUCCGUCAUCUAUAUCCUGUGCUAUGUGGCGGUUCUCCUGCUCUGCAUCGGGGGGAACGUGCUGGUCUCCCUGGUGGUCCUCCGGAACCGCAACAUGCGCUCCGUCACCAACCUCUUUAUCCUCAACUUGGCCAUCAGUGACCUGCUCAUUGGAGUGUUCUGCGUUCCAACGACUUUGAUUGACAGCCUAAUAUCAGGUGGGAAGUUUUCCUUGUCAUUGCCUGGAUUCAUGAUUGGCAGGCUUGUCAUUAAAAAUUAUAGUUAUUACUUGUGCAUCAAUUUGUAGCGUGAGUGUUGCAGGGACUGUCCUGCAGUCGUUUUGUCUGCAUCAUUAAAUCCAGCCAACAAAUGUCCCAGUUGGCUUUAAUUGAACGUUUUCCUGUUGAGCAUUUAGUGUAAUAUUGUAAUAAUACUUGUAUUUUUAUUCAAAUUGGACUUUCUUAUUUUUUUAAGGAGAACGGAAUUCCGAACUCCUUAUAUAGAUUUUUUGUAUUAUUAUUUUAAUGACAGAAUAGGAGCAUGACCAGCGAUCCAGAGUAGAGGGAGCAGAAAUGCGUAGGGCUCAUGCAGAGAUUGAUGCGGGAUCCCCGCGGCAAGGGGAAUCAUAUGGUUCUGGAGGCGAGAGUGUUAACUUUCUGUGCAGGGCUCAAAGGUUUCACUGUGGCUUUUUCAGCUCGAGGCUGUCACCAGUUGAGUCAACCAAGUGUUAGAAGGUCUGGAGUGGAGUGAAAACGCUGGAUUUCAAUGAACUUGCUGUUGAUAUGAAUGAAUUAGUGCAUACCCACUGGGCACACCACAUCAUUUCAUCGUGGAAAUUUGUGUAAUAUUUGGUUAAUACGUUGAUCAAUGAGAUUUCAACUUUUAUUUACCCACUCAAAAAGACAGCCAGAAGUUUCUUGAAUUCAGUAUGCUUUCAUCCAUCUAAAAGCACAACAAAAUUCCAAAUGAAAAAGUUUAAACAAUGUCCGAUUUUUGGUUUAGUUGUCAUCUAAAUGUGUUAUCACUGGGCCUGGUUUCCCGAUAGUGAUGGAAUUUAGGCAUGCUUUUUUAUUUAUUUAUUUACCUUUAUUUAACUAGGCAAGUCAGUUAUGAACAAAUUCUUAUUUACAAUGACGGCCUACCAAGAGGCAAAAGGCCUCCUACGGAGACGGGGCUGGGAUUAAAAAUACAAAUGUAGGACAAAACACACAACAUGACAAGAGAGACAUCACAACACUACAUAAAGAGAGACCUAAGACAACAACACAGCAUGGCAGCAACACAUGACACAGCACAGUAGCGACACAACAUGGUAGCAGCACAAACAUGGUCCAAACAUUGUUGGGCACAGACAACAGCACAAAAGGCAAAAAAGGUAAAGACAAGUGUUUUAACGAUGCAUCUUUCCUACAACAGCCGAAGAUGUAACAUCCAGAGAAAACGUUUGCUAAAUGCGUUGUUUAAGUUUAUACAACCGGUGGGUCUAAUCCUGAAUGCUGAUUGGUUAAAACCGCAUUCCAGCCGUUGUCUAUUCCACAAGUUACCGCCAGCUAAAUCUAUGACGUUAAAAUGCCUAUUUACACUGUUCCAUCUGACUGCUCAAUCCACGGUCUCAUCAACCUAGUCAGGCACUUUAUUACAUUUAAGUCAUUUAGCAGACGCUCUUAUCCAGAGCGACUUACAUGAGCAAUUAGGGUUAAGUGGUUUGCUCAAGGGCACAUCGACAGAUUUUUCACCUAGUCGGCUCGGGGAUUAGAACAGCAACCUUUCGGUUACUGGCACAACGCUCUUAACCACUAAGCUACCUAAACUUGAUCUCCACUAUUAAAAGCAUCUAGACAUUAUCUCACAUUUCUUUUAGACUAACAUUUAGUUUUCAACAGAGCGGAGAUGUGUAUAAACCUUGCUGUCUGUCUCUCCGACAUUUGCAACAUUGUUUCAAUAUUCAAAUUUGAUCUGCUGUCCCAUAGUAUUGAACGUGUCGUGAGUCGGGACGUGACAGAAAGGCAGGCAGCGUUUCUCAGCCGGUCGAAAUCAUGAAUCAGCUGAUUUUUAUGGAUAUACAAAAAAAAUGUCAAUUGAAAAAAGGUAAAACGAAACGCAGCUAAUUUGCAGUCUUUCCAGCUACAGUUUGAAGUAAUUGUGUUACUGUAGCUGUGUUGUUGGCUAGCUCCUCUGAACAACAGUGUGACGAGUGAGCACAUUCUCUAUGCCAGGCGAAAUCGCGCCUCAUUAGCUCAUUGUUAUGGAUGUAUCCAAAUAAAUGUCACUAGAAAACAGCUUAAACAAAUGCAAAUGCAGCUACCUGGCUGUUAUUCUGGCGGAACUUUUUGACUGUAAAUUAGCCGUAGUUCGCUAGCUAGCAAGCAAGGGAUAAUAAUGUUGCCAGUCAGUAUGGCAAUGGAACAUUUAGUACGAACGACUGGGUCGCGUCUAUAGAUACAGAACAAAAAGACUGAACGACUGGGUCGCGUCCAUAGACACAGAACAAAAAGAACGAACGACUUGUGGAAGGAUGAAAUUGUACGAAUAAAUUAAUAAAAAUAAAGUUUUUAAUGAAAAUAUGUCAAUCAUUAUUUGAAUAUGUAUAAAAGUGAUGUUGAUACUGAUAGGAUCAAAAUAAAGGCAACGCUGCUCUUGGAUCAGCGUUCUCCAUUCAAAUCUCCCCUUAACGUUCGAAUUAUUCCACAAUAGUGACGACGGAUCAGCUCCUAGAAAGAUAUUAUUACCUAUGGCUGCAAAUAUUGAGGUGGCUUAUUUUAAGACUUACCCUAUAAUAAUGCACUAAAAGAUUUGGCAUAUCAUUGGGCACGUUAGGCUACACAUAAUGAAAUAUAUUGAGACAAAUUACAAACAGUAGCCUACAAGUAGCAAAAUAAUAACUCAAUUGAUUGGACAUGAAAUGUAUUUCAAUAUGAUUUAAAUUGGCCUAGCCUAUAGCCUACUGUAUUGUAUUAAACCUACUGUAUUGAUAUUUUAAUACAGUCAUCUCGGUUUUAAUUUGAAGCAUAUUUUUAUAUGUAGCUUUAUGUGUCGCAAUUGCAAAGACAUUGGCAACUUUGUAUUUGUAGUCAACUUUGUUCUGAAGUUAUUGGCGAUCACAGAGAGACGUACAAACCAUUUGAUUCUAUGUUUAGCGGAGAUCUGUGCAUAAGAGAUGCUUAAUUGCAAAAAAAUACAUCUAACGACGCACUUCGUUGUUCUAGGAGUGGUCUGACGCAAGCGUUAGAUUAUGAGCGUUUUCAAGUGCAAAAUUAAUAAGGAUGGUUUUGGGCAGGGCCGGAGUUAUAAUUUGAUACAAUGUUGAACUUCACUAGCAAUAGCUCAAGUCAAGACAUAUAGAAAGGGAGGCAGACAGGCGGAGAAGAGAGAUGAAUGUGAUUGAAAGAACCGGAAUUUUCAUCAGGAUAUUUUCUACUGUUUGUAGUUGUCGGCUUUAGGCCAAUGUAUGUUACUUAGUUGACGAUGGAAGUUAUAGGCCUACAGUUGCAUCUCUGAGUUCUAUGCUCUCAUUUCUUUAGCCGCCAAUGGGUCACAGUGUAUCAAUGUGUCCAUAUGGCAGAGGCUAGUGCUCUGUCCAUAGUUUAAUUUUAACUUUUAGAUUUUUACCAUUUAAAGUUAAAAUUGUAAAAAUCUCAAAGUUAACAAACAAUGAUUUUGAGAAACAAAAACGUUAUUAUUCAAAUGAAACUGUUCCACGAAAAUGUGCAUACAUAAAUAUUCAUAACUGGCACACAGAUCGGUAGAAAUUGUAGAAUAAAUUGUAAGCUUCCCCAAACUUGAAACUCAUGAGCUGCCUACGGUCUUUGAGCUGCCUAUGCCCAUUCAGUGGCAAUUUUAGCAUGUACAUUUUGGUGGGGCAAACUCAAAAAAUGUUAUGCCAGCAAAGCCACUACACAACACUAAACAAUACACGAAUUGCACUAUAACGGUGACAAACGGUGCCCAUACUGUGAGAGCCUACAUAAAGCUGUCCCAACAGCAGAGCUUUCCUUUCAGCACCAUGGAGUGAAUCCUUACCACCGCUACACCUGGCUAUCAGCGGAUCCUUGUCUGGCAGCGAAACAGUUCAUUCAGCCUGAUUUACUGCCUUUUUUUAAACAACAGCUGAUAUGGCUGACUUGCUUAAACAAAUGUGGUUACUACUGACUCCUUGUGGAUUUGUGUAAGUCGAUAAGAACCGCAUUCUCCUUCAAUAAUAAUGAACGCCAAAAUGAGUUUUGACAUUUGAACCAUACACAAACAUUAUUACAUUUAUGUUCAGUAAAUUCAUAAUGUUUAUUCUUAUAUCAUUAACACUUAGCUCUAAGUAUAAGCAAGUGCAAGCAAACAAGCUGCGACGAGGUAGGCCUAUUCAUUCAUCACUUUCAAAAUGGACACAGACAGAAAUUCAGAUAGAUGUUGAGGCCUUAACUUGUCUAGCUUGCUAGCUAAGAUUUUGAAAGUAUGAUGUUGACCUGAUCAGUCCAAUCAAAGCUAGGUAGAUAUAACAUGAUUUGAGGUCAUUUUAUCUGUGACCAAUGACCUUGAGCCUUCUUGGAUGGGCACUUCUAAUGUAAAUCUAUGGCAGCACCCAAGGGGGCUUGAACUGCCUAGCUCUCCCUGUAGAUUCUGCGGUGAGGUAGUGUCCCCAUGAGUGACAGAACACUGAGCCAAUCACAGCACAACUAGAAAAGAUUACCAACGCCUAUGCUCUGUAUGUUCCGCUGGCUGCCCCUCCACCACAGAAAGCACUGAGCUAGGCUGAAACAUCUGUAUUUUGGAGCUGCCUUACUCAAGAAAGCAAGAAAGAGAUCAUGUUUUGUAUUCGGCUUUAUUCGCUCAAUAUAUUUGUUUUUACAUUGUUUGCAAACUGAUAUGUGACCCGAAUGAAUGCCAAAAUAAUAUGCAAAACAGUCAACAACAGGUGGGCCAGCCUGCGCACACAUAGGAGGCCCCGUGAGAAAACGGGCCAGCCUAUGGAAAUAACAUGCCGUCCAAAUGAUUCGUUCUGGCACCGGGUCGGGUCUGGUUUUGGGAAACCGCUCAGAGAUUUAACGAUGCGCCUACAAAGGUUCUACCCAUGAAUGUAGGCUUAAAAUGCUUUUCGGAAACCGGGCCCUGGAUUGCAGUUGAGAUUACAUUAAAAGUACAUUGCAAGUGAUCAAUGCUGUUCAAGAUUCUGCGCAGAUUAUUAUAGCAAUUGUGUAGAUCUCCAAAGACCUGCUAUCUUUGCAUGUUAUCUUGAACAUGCACACGCUUUCUGUAAUUAGGCCUACAUAAGAAGACAUUUACAGUAGGUUAACCUCAAAAUGUGGCCAUGGAUGUGUUACUCAUUUUAAGGUUGAAUAAAUACUGUUACAUUAGUUUGUAACAUAGCCUUAACUUUAGGCUACUGUAUUACAAAAGUAUUAUUGAAUUGUGUUUGGUUUACAAAUUGGUCCAAUAUCAACAUUUAAAGGACAGCCUAUCUAAUGCUUGGAUAGUUUCAUCUGAGCCACUGGCUUAAUCCUAUUCUUUAACUUAGAUUUUUGGUUUAGUUGGAGACAUUAAUCCAACAUAUCAUUAGUUAACUUGUGACAAGUUAAUAGGGUAUUUACUGUAUUGCAAAAGUGUAAUUGAAUUGUGUGUGGUUGUCAACGCAACCAAAUAUCAACAUUUGAAGGAGAUUUUGUGCCACUGACUUAGUCUGGUUUUAAUUCCAAUUUGUCUACGAAUUAAUAAUUGAUAUGUUGGAUUCACUUCUCCAUCUCAACCAAUAAUCAAAGUUAAAGAAUAGGACUCAAUCAAAUCAACUUUAUUUAAUGUGCAUUUACAAUCAAUUCAAAUAAAAUAUUAAUGAUUAAUUUGAAGAUUACAUUUUAAAUCAACCAAAGCUUGAAACUCUAGGCCUAUAAGGCUACGUUUACACAGGCAGCCCAAUUCUGAUAUUUUUUAACUAAUUGGUCUUUUGACCAAUCAAGGCUGAUCUGAUUGGUCAAAAGACCAAUGAAUGAAAAAAAUAUCAGAAUUGGGCUCCUUGUGGAAACGAAGCAUAUGUAUUGUCUAUUUUUAGUUUAACCCUGGGUUGAAUUGAGACAAUAGCUGUUUAUGACUUUGCAAAUGGUAUAUAGGCCUAAAUAGUAUAAUUGAUGAUAUAUGACUUAUAAAGAAAUAUGGUUACAUUUAAUUUGCUCUGUUAAACCUACCCUUUGGAAUUACUUUGAUAGCAACAGUGAAUAUAUUUAGUUAUAUAUUGGUAGUAGUCAGUGACAAAUAUAAAAGCUAAACAGGGUUGGGCAUGGUUAAAACCCUGGAUGGGAUAACAAAUGAAUAGUUGUAGAUCAACUCUCCAGUAGGAGGUAGUGGAUGUAACGUUGAAGAUCUGACGUUGUUUCAAAGGUACCAAUUCAACAUAUUUUAUACACAGUUUGUCUAUGUUGAAAAUUGGUUACAAUGAUGACAUAAUCCUGUGGUUGAAUUUUCAUUUUCAAAACAAGAGUUUUGACUUUUUUCAAAUCCAAUGUAUUUUCCAUGUUGAUUCCAUGUCACAAUACGUUGACAAAUUACAUUGAAACAACGUUGAUUCGACCAGCUUGUGCCCAGUGGGUAUCUAUUACAUUUAUGCAUUUUCCCACCCUUUCACACUGUUUGCUCCCUUCAAACAAUUUAUAUCCACACAUCUACAGUCUUAAAAUCCAAUGUCAAUCGAAACAAAUUAAGAUUCAUUAAGAUUAAAAUAUUUGGUGUAGCAACCGGGCUACUGCUUGUGUGUAAUACAGUCUUUCUUUCCAGGAUGGCCAUUUGGCCAGAUUACAUGCACCAUGAGCAACCUGGUCCAGGGGAUGUCAGUGUCAGCAUCAGUCUUCACUCUGGUGGCCAUAGCUGUUGACAGGUAAUCCACCACCACACUAUCCUGGUCCCAUAUCUGUUUGUGCUCUUGCCAACUUCAUUGCUGUAAUUGUCAAACCAAACAUUUCUCUCUGUGGCUCUCGGCCUCUCUUCCUCCCUACUCUCUGUCUCUCUGUCUCUCUGUCUGUCUGUCUCUCUCUCUCUCUCUCUCUCUCUCUCUCUCUCUCUCUCUCUCUCUCUCUCUCUCUCUCUCUCUCUCUCUCUCUCUCUCUCUCUCUCUCUCUCUCUCUCUCUCUCUCUCUCUCUCUCUCUCUCUCUCUCUCUCUCUCCUUCCCUAUAUCCCUCUUCUCUCAGGUUCACAGGUAUUGUGUACCCCUUUAGACAUCGAAUGAGGCCUGUGACUGCUCUCCUCACUAUCCUCUUCAUCUGGGUGCUGGCGUUUGCUGUCAUCUGCCCCUCGGCCGCCACCCUGACCAUCAUUCACCUGGAGGACACCUACCUGGUCCAGGACAAACAGACCUACCCUGUCUUCGUCUGCUUCGAGAACUGGCCCCGACCCGAGAUGCGUCGGGUCUACACCAUGGUCAUCUUCGUGCAUGUGUACCUGGCCCCCCUGGGUGUCAUCAGCAUCAUGUAUGGCUGCAUCGUUGCCAAGCUCUCAGUCAACCUGAGGCAGGUGAGCCUGGCAGAGGUGCGGAGGGCCCACUCCCAACGCAGGGUUAAAGUGAUCAACAUGCUGAUCAUGGUGGCGGUGCUCUUCAUGGUGUCAUGGCUACCUCUGUGGACGCUGAUGCUGCUGACUGACUACAGGGAUCUGGACACGCAGCAGAUUGACUUCCUCAGCAGCUACCUGUUCCCUGUGGCCCACUGGCUGGCCUUCUUUAACAGCGGGAUUAACCCCAUCAUCUAUGGCUUCUUCAAUGAGAAUUUCCGCAGGGGGUUCCAGGCUGCAGUGGACUGCAGGUCCUGUUCACAAAAAACAACAACAGGGGUGGUUAAUACACGCUUUAACUUCCCGCCCCCUAACAGAGUAUUCAAUGAGAACCCUGAGUCCCCU